CCACCUAAAGAUGCAUCGUUCGUUUCUUACAAUGUACAUAUAUCCCCUGACCACCUGAAUCCUCGCCAUCAUCCACUCCUCUCCUUCAUCUCGCAUCUGUACUCCUCCUGUUCGCCUUCGUAUCGACGUUCGAAGCACACUCUUCCGCUAAGCCGGCCGUAUUCUCUCGUUCAGUCAUCUCCCUUCCGUGUCAGACUACGCAGCUAGCUGACCUGCAGACCCACAAAAGCACCGCCAUCUGUAACAAUGCGGUUGCACGCUAUUUCCUCUUUCGCUCUUGCCGCUGCUUUCUCGUUGUGCGGCACCGCAAACGUUCUUGCCUCUGGUAACCCAGACGAUCCGACGGGUGUCCAGCUCUAUGUGAAGGCGAUCACCUCUCCAGCGUGCGACUCCUACAGAUGCAAGGUGCACUGGCACUACGGUGAUCUGGUCACCAUCAACUGGCUCAAUGCUCCCAAGGGAGACGUUGAGAUCCACCUCGUUCCUGAGACAUACUCGAAGAGAGACAUGAGCAGCCAGGAGCAGAUCCCUACCCACGCACACAAAAGACACCACAAGGACGAUGACAAGAAGAGCGAAGGCUCUAAGCAAGGACACAAGGGCAAGCACUCCGCGCACAAGGCCGCCGGCAGAUACCCCAAGGAGAAACGCCCUGCCCACCUUCCUAGCGCUAAGGUUAAGCACCACCACUCCAAGGUGGAAAAGUCGGGAGUGCACCACAAGGCUGAGCAUUUGUCCGGCGGCGGCAAGGCACUCAGCACACGCGCAGCGUCAAAUCAACUAAAGUCCGUCACCAUCACGUCGCGCACCUCGGGUAGGCACGACGCCGCGCACUGCGACAACGGCAACACCAACGAGACGUGCGGCGACUUCAAAUGGACCGUCCCUGCCGUGGGUUCGAUCGCGCCGGGCGAGUACACAGUAGAAGUGCACUCGCUGAGCAAGAAGAAGGUAUACGGAUACACCGACACGGUCGUUGUGGGACCCAAGAAGGAAUCAUAGGUUGCCCUGCAGCCCGGUCAAGCCUUUCUUUGCGGCAAGCGACUCUUUGCCUUUUCCCAUCCUCAACGACCAUCUUCCUCUCCUCGCCCUUCAAAAUGGCAACUCUCCAUUUAUCAACCGUGCAUAUAAUCGCAUACUCACAAAAGCACGCACAUGCACUUGAAUGCAUCCUUACAAACAUACGGACAGUCGAAUACAUCAUUCCUGCACGAAAAC